AUGAGUAAAGGCAAAUCAACACGUUCGACAAAAAUCAAAGAAGAUCCCGAUGCACCGGCUAAGAAAGGUGGCAGCGCAAAUGUUGCAGCCGCAGCAUUACGUAAAAUUUUUUAUAUAUCUCAAGAAAUGUUAACGGAUGAUACACAAAAAUUGAAAUUAGAACGUUUUUAUCAUCCGGGCAAAGGAAAGCUAACCCUAUUCAUGACCAAGGAUGACAAACAUAUAAUGGAAAUUAUGGAAUUUUCGGAACCACGAAGAAGUUGGCUGAUCGACAGUGAGGUAUGCUCAAAUGGUCAUAUUUACAUGACCACCAAUAUUGAUGCCACCUUUCUCGCCCUGCAUCAUCUGCGCAAACAUUGUACAAAGCGGGCUUUGUCACUGGAUAGCAUACACGAUGAAGAGGAUCCCACGGCAGCGAGAUUUUUAAAUAAUUUCAUUGAGCCGGAUAAUCUCAAAUGUAUAGCCGAUGUCAAGACGGCUGGUGGUGAUAAAUAUUUCAAAUAUAAUCAUGAAAAAUGCCUGGCAUGGCUGUCGUUGAAAACCAAACGUGUAGCCGAUGCCCUGAAGAAAGCCGGAAUUUAUUGUGGUCACAGUGCCGUUUCACAGAAUUUCCAACAAAGUGAAAAGGCCGUUGAUGAGAGUGCCCAUGAAACAGAUUUCCUACGGGUGGCGUGUGAUUACAUUGGUGGUUAUAUUGCCCUGGAUUUGCACGAUGAGUUAACCAAACAUCUGAAUAUACCAUCAGAAAUACAAGCAAUAAGUGAAGAGAAGAAAUCGACGGCCGCCAGCACGAAGAGAAAAUCUGGUGACAAACUUAAAAACGAGGGAAAUAAAAAAAUAAAAUUAGAAAAUGGAGCAGCAGCAAAAUUAAAGGGUUCCUCGCUGUUAGAUGACUCACCCGAUGACGAUGAUGAGGAAGAAGAAAAUCGCGACAAAGCAAAUGAAAUAAAGGAAGAAGUGAAAUCACCCAAUCAAUCAAUGUCCGCCACACCAUUGAAAGAACGCACCCUGACAGCAAAGGAAAAAUCGUUGGCCAAAGGUGCUAAGGGCACUAAGAGUAUAGCCUCAUUUUUCACCAAAAAAGCACCAGCAUAA